GCGAGCCGCGCAUCACCUCUCGCCGCCCUGAGAGGCUCCGGGAGGCGCCGCCGCCGCCUCGGGCGCCGUGACCCCCGCCGGCCGCGGCCAUCGCAUGGUGGCCGACCCGCUACCCCAGAGAGCGAGCGAUGGCCUCCUGGACUCUCAUGUUUGGUGAUGGGACUAGAAGAAAAAGCUUCCAGUUCUUCACUGUGUUUUAUUCAUUAAAACCUCAUGCAGAUUUGACCCCGUACAUCAUGGAGUGCUGAGUUAAAUGGACUCAGUAACCUUUGAGGAUGUAGCUGUGAGCUUCACCCUGGAAGAGUGGGCUUUACUGGAUUCUUCACAAAAGAAACUCUACAGAGAUGUGAUGCGGGAAACCUUCAGAAACCUUUCCUCAAUAGGGAAAAAAUGGAAAGAGCAUGACACUGAAGAUAGGGACAAUACCCAGGAGAGAAAACUAAGAAGUCAUGUGGUAGAAAAACCUUAUGAAAGCAAAGAGGGUCAUCAGAGUGGAGAAACCAUCAGCCAGACUCCAGAUCUUAAUCUGAACAAGAAAAGUCCUGGAGUACAACCACCUGAAGGUCGCCAGUGUGGAGACACCAUCACCCAAAUUCCAGAUCUUAAUCUCAACAAGAAAAGUUCUUCUGGAGUAAAACCACCUGAAGGUCGUCAGUGUGGAGAAACCAUCACCCAGAUUCCAGGUAUUAAUCUGAACAAGAAAACACCUUCUGGACUAAAACCAUGUGAAUGUAGCGUGUGUGGAAAAGUCUUUGUGCGUCACUCAUCCCUUAAUAGGCACAUCAGAUCUCACACUGGACACAAGCCGUAUGAGUAUCACGAGUAUGAAGAGAAGCCAUAUAAGUGCAAGGAAUGUGGGAAAGCCUUCAGUUACCGCAAAUCUGUUCACAGACACGAAAGGACUCACACUGGAGAAAAACCCUAUGAAUGUCAGGAAUGUGGGAAAGCUUUCACGUGGCUCACAACUUUUCGAAGACACAUGAUAACUCACACAGGAGAUGGACCUUAUAAAUGUAAGGAAUGUGGGAAAGCUUUUAGUUGUUCAACUUCAUUGCGAACACAUGAAAGGACUCACACUGGAGAGAAACCCUAUCAGUGUCAACAGUGUGGUAAAUCCCUCAGAUCCCCACUGGGUUUACGAAUACAUGAAAGAAAUCACACUGGAGAGAAACCCUAUGAAUGUAAGCAGUGUGGGAAAGCCCUCAGUUGCCCCAGUUCCUUUCGAAGACAUGAAAGGACUCACACUGCAGAGAAGCAGUAUGAAUGUAAACAAUGUGAGAAAACGUUCAGUUCUCCUCUAGGUUUGCGAAUACAUGAAAGAAUUCACACAGGAGAGAAACCUUACGAAUGUAAAGAAUGUGGGAAAGCCUUCAUUUCUCUGUCAAGCAUUCGGACACACAUGAUAACACACACUGGAGAUGGACCUUAUAAAUGUAAGGAAUGUGGGAAAGCCUUCAUUUGUCCCAGUUCCUUUCGAUCACAUGAAAGGACGCACACCGGAGAGAAACCCUAUGAAUGUAAACAGUGUGGUAAAACCUUCAGUUGGCCCAGUUCCUUUCGAAUACAUGAAAGAACUCACACUGGAGAGAAACCUUAUGAAUGUAAGGAAUGUGGCAAAACCUUCAUUUAUCGCACAACCUUUCAGGGACACAUGAGAAAGCACACUGGAGAGAAGCCCUAUAAAUGUAAAGAAUGUGGGAAAGCCUUUAUUUCUCCAUCAAGUGUUCGAACACACAUGAUCAUGCACACUGGAGAUGGGCCUUAUAAGUGUAAGGAAUGCGGGAAAGCCUUCAAUUUUCCCAGUUCAUUUCGAAUACAUGAGAGAACUCACACAGGAGAGAAGCCUUAUGAAUGUAAACAAUGUGGUAGAGCCUUCAGUUGUUACACAUCCUUUCGAACACAUGAAAAAACUCACACUGGAGAAAAACCCUAUGAAUGUAAGGAAUGUGGAAAAGCCUUCAUUUAUCGCACUACCUUUCGAGGACAUGUGAGAAUGCACACUGGAGAGAAACCAUACAAAUGUAAAGAAUGUGGGAAAGCCUUCAGUCGCCCCAAUUCAUUUCGAAGGCAUGAAAGAUCUCAUACUGAAUAGAAACUUCUUGAAUGUAAGCAGUGUGGGGAAACAUCAAUUGACCUUCAUCCUUACAUGUGAAAACCCCCAUUGGAAAGAAAUCUAAUAUAAGCAAGCCUGAUACAUGGAUUCAUGUAUAAUGCUCCAGAAAACUGUAAGAUGAAAGAAUCAUUAUAAAAGUUAUAGAUAUAUUGUCUUUAUCAGUGCCUCAUUCUUAAAGUGGAUCUUUGGGCUGUGGAUAUUUUACUACUUAUCUUUCAAAAAUGAACAUUGAGGUGAGAUAAUUCUGUAAGUACUCUAUUACUGUUUAAAGGCUAAUAGAUGUUUGUUUUCUCCUUAAAUCAGUUAAUAUUUUUCUUUUUCCAUUUUGGAGUUUGACCAUGGGUGAAUUGAAGUGGUUUCUAAAUGUGCAAGUAGGUUUAAUUUUUAUUUAAUGUCUUAUUUGAAUUAUCGAUGAAUGACACUUUAGUAUUUGUUGGGAUUUUCCUACUGGCCUUCUGUGUCAGCUACUGGAUAUCUUUUACCCAUCAUAUAUUCCAUCUUUCUUAGGAGAAAAUUCUUGUUUUGGCUUAAAAGAGCUUUAUUCUGUUUUCCUUGCUAAUAAAAAGAUGGCAUAAAUCUGUAAAUAUGCAAAGUUUAUUAUGAAGUAUAGUCUGAUCAAUUAUUUCCAUCUUUUGCCCUUUGCCAUUCCUUCUGGCUAGGAUUUGAAUAAUUAACUUUGCAUUAAGACAGACCAAUUAUCGGAUAAUAAAAUAUAGAAUUGGAGGUGGCUCUCCUAAAUUGUGUUUCGUCACUUGGGUAAUGUAAUAUAUUCUAGAAUCUGUUUCCUUUGUGAUUCUAUGUUAGUAUUUACCUGAAGCCUCACUUGCAUGAGAUUUGGAAGGCAGCAGUACUGGAGGAAUUAGGUUUCAGAGCCACCAUACAGAGAGAGACAGCUGCGUAGGAGCUUUGAGGAUACCUGCUUGCAGCUUAUUUUCCUGAUCCCUUGCCCUGCCAAUUAAGAGCAUCCUCAGAACAAUUAACUGCUCAUCUUCCAUUUCUCAGAAGUGUAGGUUUCCACACAUACCUUCACAAGUUUACAUCAAAGAUCCAUGACAGUUUGUAUUUUCCUGCAAGCCCUCAUGUGUCUACCAGGCAACUAAUUUGAACUUCAUGGUUGUUCAGACUCCCCUCUCUUCUAUACUGUAUUCAUAUUUAAGGUCUAAUUUGUGUAGUAAACACCUUGUUCUGGUAAGACUGUUAGUAACCAUGUAUUCCUGAUUCCACUAUGCUAGCUACAAUGAAUGAUGCAGUCCACAAGAACCAUAUUGGACUUUGUUCCUCUGCUGGGCUAUGCAGCCACUGUUCUGACCCUGUCUUUCCCUAUGAGAACUGGUACCUUCCUCAUAUCAGGCAGAUUAUGAAUGUUUCCCUUUGCUCACAGCUCUGCAUAAUUCCUCACUAUGUUUUCAGGUAUGUUUGAUUGUAUGUGAUUAAAAGUAAUGCAUUUGUCAAAA